AAUUGGAGUGGACCAGGCAAACAAUUGCGACGCACCAACCAAUCAUCUAGAACGAACCAGCCUAUUGGAACGAAGCCGGCUGACCAACACGAACCGAUCAAGCAGCUAACCGUCCCUCAGUUGCUCCUGUUAUUCGACUCGGACGGUCAUCGCUUCUCUGUCCUCUCAACUCUUGAGCUCAUAGCCCUGACCCAUCCAGCCCUCUUCAGCGCCCGCGUCCCAGCCUCACAAGCUUUCUCGCCGACCAGCUGCGAAGGUUUAAAGCUGCUUCACUCGCUUCUCGUCGAGAGCACCGGACUGUUUCGGCUCAACCAUGGGCGAAGAAUCGAUGAUGGAGUCCAGCGUCUCCAGCUCAAUAGAGGAAUCCACCCAAGUUGCAGGGGGCCAGGCGGGCUCCAGCAACAAGAAAAUGUACGCGGUCAUCGGCCUGUGUCUACUGCUGUCGGCUGCAAUCGGCGUUAUCGUUCUCGUCACGUCCGGGUCGUCAGCCCACGACACAGCCGAUGAAGGUGGCGACUCUGGUAGUGGCGGCGGCGGCAGCGGCGACGGCGACAGCAGCGGCAGCAGCGGUCCUUCGUCCUCUUCCUUUUCGUCGAAGUAUCAAACCUCGCCACCGCGGACUACCAAGCCGACUACCAAGCCGACUACCAAGCCGACUACCAAGCCGACUACCAAGCCAACUACCAAGCCGACUACCAAGCCGACUACUAAGCCGACAACUAAGCUCGCGCCGGUGCCUCCGCGUACGAUGACGCAUGCGAUGAAGCCUGCGAUGACGCGUAAGAUGAAGCCUGCGAUGACGCCUCACAUGCCGACCACGCUGGGGCCAAAAGUGAGGACAGUCCUCUGCACCGUGGGAAGGGCCGCUGUCUUGCCAGUCAUGUACCCGAAGGGGAUUGCCUGCAAUUACCUGUUCUACUGUGACGUAAUCAUCGUCAACAAAAAGAUACGCGGCGCUGAGUUACAGACCAGCUGGAUCACCUUCCAGAUGAUGGCCAAUAACUACACGCAGGUUCUGCCCGGCAUUUCCUUCGACUACCGGUACGUCACUGAAUGGAAAUUGAAGUCGGCCGAGGCUCACCUCAACGAGCUGCAGAAGAGCGGUAACAUUAGGAGCUACGGCAUUCUGAACCACAUCACGAAACCGGAUGAAGUGAAAAAUGUGCAUUCACAAAAAGAAGCUUUAAUGGAACUGUCGAAAAGGACCUCGCAUGACCCAGAGCGCAUUGUCGUUCUCGCAUUUGGAUCCAGCGACUACAGCGGAGUGAAUUUGCAUAACUUCAAGAAAGAGUUCCAGAAAGUUGUCAACGAGUUCGACGUUGACAUUGUGAUCGCCAUAACCUCGGUGAGUAGGAUGGAAGACAGUGACUCCUGCCACGCAGUACCGCCAAAUGCCCUCCAUACCCAGAACUAUAAGUACCCAGACCUGGCGAACCAUUGGGAACUGAUAAUCACCAAAAAGUCGUACAAGUACAAAGCGACGGUGGGCCUCUCUUUCGAGAUGGGAACGAUGUUGUACGAGCUCAAAGCCAAUGUUACCAAAAUCAACGAGAGCCUCUACGCACCGUGCAAACAUUGGGGCAUGGUUUUAAGAUCGGCGGUCUGUGGCGUAAAGCAGAGGCCUGAGUGGAUAUAUGAUCCCCCCGUGAUGAUUUACGGGUCAUUCGCCUCCAACGUCACAAAGUCGAGGAUCGUCUUGGGUGAAUAUCUCGGAUCAAUCAGAGAGAAGUGGAGGAAGUUCCGCACAGCUCGCGAAAAACUAGGCGAGAUACUUCGGCGCCGUCUGGCGAUGCUGCUCUACAAUGUGCACCUAGAUGACUUCGAGAGGAUUUGCUACGCUCUCCCUUUCACAAUCCUUCAGCAAACCUGUGCGGAGUUUACGGAUCGCGAAAGAAAGUGCUUAGAAUAGGCACCUGACUCGACGGCAUCCUUCAGCCGCAUGUAGCGGGCGAUACGGAAGAUGGAAUUGUCAUUAAAAUAUUUGGGCAUGGUCUCGUA